AAAAAAAAAACUGUUUUGGCAUAAUCAUAACUUGUCACGCCUAGAAACAUAUAAAUAUGGACACGCCUAGGAAUAUAUCCUGAGUAAUACAUCUUGUUUUCAACGUUUUAAGAGAAGAAAAUGACGAAGACAAUGAUGAUGAUGGUAAUGAUGGCUACAUUGAUGGGAGUUGCGAUGUGCGAUAUUGUAGAUAAGACGUGCAAACAGACACCUGACUACACUCUUUGUCUCUCUCUCCUUCGCUCCGAUCCAAGUAGUGCCUCCGCCGACACCGUUGGCCUUGGUCUCAUCCUCGUCAACAAGAUCAAGGCGCUAGGAACUCAGACUCUCGGGCAGAUCAACGUGGCGUACAAAACAAAACCGAUGCUGAAACGUCAACUGGAUGAAUGCAAAUUGAGAUACAAAACGAUCGUAGACGCUGACGUCCAUACAGCCAUUAUAGCUAUCAAAGGAAACCCUAAGUUCGCCGAGAGUGCAGUUGUCGACGCCGGCGUUGAAGCUUCCGUCUGCGAAGGAGGCUUUCCCAAAGGCCAAUCUCCGUUAACCGGUUUGACCCAGAAAAUGAACAAGAUCUGCGAUGUAACAAGAGCCAUCGUCCGGAUGUUGCUCUGAGUAAUAAUAGUUCUUGUAACUGUGACCUUAUUGAAAUUAAUCAUGUUAUAAAAAUGAUGAUUAAACUGAUAUAA